AUGGGACAUCAACUCAGCAAUUUACUGUCCGGCCUGGGAAGAUUCUUCGAGUACCCGGUGAAGAGGAAGCCGAUAUGUUUUUACAGACAGGAAGACUUUACAGCGACCGGAGAACCGAUAAAGAAGGUCGCAGAAGAACAAAAAGCUCCACUGACUGAUUACGACAAGCUUGUGGAUAUGUUCUACAAGAGGUUAGCUGAACAACGCGAGUAUAAUCAAGAAAUGAAAGAGAAUGACCGUAGAUGGAGCAUGCAGAAAGUCAUCAGUAGGUUUCCAGGGUGGAAUGAGAUUACCAUUGUCAACUUGCACAGUUUAUUUUUACUGUUCGAUAACCAAUCGAACGGAAUGCUUGGAUUUGACGACUUUAGCGCAGUCCUUGAAAGCCUCGGAGACGAGAGCACGACGGAAGUGAGAAAAGAGAAGUUCCAUGCCGCGGAUACCGAUAUGGACGGAUUCAUCACAUACGAUGAAUUCUUAUCGUUGGUGUACAAUUUCGAUCCCAAACGAGACGAACAACUGUCUGGGUUGGCGUUACUCUGCAACGAGGUGGCGGAGAACAUACAGUUUGUGAGCAACUUAACUGUAGGAGAGCAACUUGAAUAUGGAUUAUUCUAG